GAAAUCGUGUGAUUUAUGGUCUCAACUUUAAUUAAUUGAAAAAUUCUCAAUUCAACAACAAAAGAAAAACAAAUAAGGGCUAUAUUUGAGGUCCAAUUUUGUCCAAAUUGGCUUCGAAACGGUUGCACACAAAUAUUGAGGUUUUUAAUUUUAUUUAAUUUUUUGGAUUUUUUGGGUUAGAAAUUAGAGGGGAAGGCAAUAGAAACCGUUAAAAUGUAAAAAUUAAAAAUAUCUGAAUUUUUAAAAAUUUUUCAAAUAUUUUUUUGUUUGACCCUUGGCCUUAGGUUGCUUAUUAAAGCUUCGAAAAAAUUUUCAAAAAAUUUCCGGAAAAUUGCUUCCAUUUUUUUAUUUUUUUGUCGUAGCCUGGGCAAUUUGAGAGGUAGGACGGCCUUCCUCGUGUAGCCUACCUUCCAGGGCAGCACAUAAAACAGUUUUUCCAGCUUAAAUUUACUUGGAGCAAUAUCCCCUAUUAUAGUAUUUGAAUAUAACCCCCCGUAUUUUUCGAGAAUAAUUUUUUUCUUUUUUUAAAGGAGGAGGUGGCGGCUGUUAAGAUUGGCAAACUCUCAGUCAGUGCGUCGCCUCCACCAUCAUCUUUUGGUAUGUCCUCUUCCCAAAAUCACCUUCAAACAAGCUGUGGAAGUGGUGGGGGUAGUGGAAGUAGUUCUAGUCGACAUAGUAACAAGGAAGGCGGCACUAGGUGUUUCCGAAGUUUCUUUGCCAAGUUACGCAAACCAAGUGAACACAACAAUAGUCAGCAGCAUCAACAAUUUACGGUGCAAAUCGGCUCACGGGUCUACGAUGCACAAGAGCUUCAAAAAUUGGUACCUCAACUUGAACAACAAUUGGAACAAAAAGACAGACUUAUAAGGCAAAAUCAGUUACAGCUUGAAGCACAUACAAAAAGAAUAACUUCUUUAGAGGGGGAAGUUAAAGGAUUACAGUCUGAAUGUGACAAACUCCGCUCAGUUUUAAACCAGAAGGCGGAGAGUGCAGCAUCUCCAGCUGGAACUGGCGGUCAAAAACGUUCAGAAGAAUUGCCGACUGAAAUGAAACAGAAAGCAGCUCUAUUACCCGAAGCUGGCCGCCCAGCAGAGCCUCGAGCAAAGAAAAUGGCAGUGUCUGCUGAACCGGCAAAACUCGACCAACACAAAGCAACCCUUCAACAUCAUUCCAAAUCUGCUGGUUCAAAACAAUUAAUUCGUGAUGCUGUUCAGAAAAAUGAUUUUCUUAGGCAAUUGGCUAAAGAACAAGUUAUUGAGUUGGUAGAAUGUAUGUUUGAAAUGCGUGCUCGUGCAGGUCAAUGGGUUAUUCAAGAAGGUGAACCUGGUGAUAGACUUUUUGUUGUCGCUGAAGGGGAAUUGCAAGUAUCAAGGGAAGGUCAAGCAUUGGGAAAAAUUGGGCAAGGAGUUGUUAUGGGUGAAUUGGCAAUACUUUAUAAUUGUACAAGAACAGCUUCAGUUCAAGCAAUAAGUGAUGUUAUUCUUUUUUGUUUGGAUAGAGCUGUAUUUCAAAUGAUUACAAUGCGUUUAGGAAUGGAAAGGCAUGCACAAUUAAUGAAUUUCUUAAGAAAAGUUUCAAUAUUCCAAAAUUUGAAUGAAGAUAGAAUCUCUAAAAUGGCUGAUGUUAUGGAUCAGGAUUAUUAUGCUGCUGGUCAUUAUAUAAUUAGAGAAGGGGAAAAGGGCGAUACUUUCUUUGUCAUUAACAACGGUCAAGUACGUGUCACACAAUCUAUUGAAGGAGAACAGGAUCCACAUGAAAUUCGAAUAUUGAAACAAGGAGACUUUUUUGGUGAAAAGGCGUUGUUAGGAGAAGAAGUACGUACUGCUAACGUUAUUGCAAUGCCUCCAGGCGUGGAAGUAUUAACUUUGGAUAGAGAAAGUUUUUUAAAAUUAAUUGGAGAUUUGGAUGCUUUGAGGAACAAGGAUUACGGGGAUUUACAGAGAAGGUCUACACUUUCCUCUGCCAGAACUUUAAUUGAUGGGGGAAGGCCCCCAGAAGCUCCUAGCCCUCCAAAAUCUGAAAUUGAAGACGAAUUUGUACAGUUACAGUUGAGACAAUUAAAGAGAAUUGCUACGCUUGGAGUAGGUGGAUUUGGGCGUGUUGAAUUGGUUUGUAUAAAUGCUGACAAAAGUCGAACAUUUGCAUUAAAAGCAUUAAAGAAAAAACAUAUUGUGGACACUAGACAACAAGAACAUAUUUUUGCUGAACGUAAUAUAAUGCUUGAAACACGUUCUGAUUGGAUUGUUAGGCUUUACAAAACAUUUAGAGAUUCAAAAUAUGUUUAUAUGUUGCUAGAAGCUUGUUUGGGUGGAGAACUUUGGACAACACUUCGUGAUCGUGGACAUUUUGAUGAUUACACAGCUCGAUUCUAUGUAGCUUGUGUUUUGGAAGGAUUAGAAUUUUUGCAUAGAAGGAAUAUUGUCUAUAGAGAUUUGAAGCCUGAAAAUUGUCUUUUAACAACCUCUGGUUACCUUAAAAUUGUUGAUUUUGGUUUUGCCAAAAAACUGGCAAGUGGAAGAAAAACUUGGACAUUUUGUGGAACACCAGAAUAUGUUUCUCCAGAAAUUAUUUUAAAUAAAGGGCAUGAUCAAGCAGCAGAUUAUUGGGCUUUGGGAAUUUAUAUAUGUGAAUUAAUGUUGGGUAGACCUCCUUUCCAAGCAUCUGAUCCAAUGAAGACUUAUACGCUUAUAUUGAAGGGAAUUGACGCUUUAGAAAUCCCAAACAGAAGAAUUGGCAAAACAGCAACAGCUCUCGUUAAAAAACUUUGUAGAGAUAACCCGGCAGAAAGGCUUGGUUCUGGUAGUGGAGGUGUUAAUGAUAUACGGAAACAUAGAUGGUUUAUGGGCUUUGAUUGGGAGGGGCUUAGAACGAGGACGUUGAAACCGCCGAUUAUACCUAAAGUCAGCAAUCCAGCAGACGUUUCCAACUUUGACAAUUACCCACCGGAUGAGGACAUUCCCCCAGACGAGUUUAGCGGCUGGGAUGAGGGUUUCUAA